AGAGAAAGAAAUAGCAAUAGAAGUACAAAUAGUAAUACAUUUAACGAGGAGCAUAAACCAAUCUCUCCCUCUCUAUCCUUCUCUCAGGAAUUCUGCUUUUUAACAAUCGCCUUUUCUUUCUCCUUCUGUGCCUGGAAGGGAGCCAUUUGGGGAGUCUCCCCUUUCCUCUCUCUUUAUUUUGCUGAGCCGCAGACUUUUCUUUCAUUCUUUUUCAGUGUCUGAGAAAAUUUCCCCAAAUACAUCGAGGCAAUGGCAACGGACGAGGAGGAAAUUUUGGUUAGAGGAAGAUAGUACGUUGCCAUCCGUGGACGGUGAAUAGAUUCCCUUUCUAUUGUUCUCAGGUGUCAAGUUUGAACAAAUUGAGCGAGUCUCAAUGAAACAAUCACUUAAAACUGCACAACAAUCUUGUGCAAAGCAUGUAACAUCAACCGAUGUCACAUCAGACACUGCGCCCAACUCCUAUUUAGAUCAUGAAACUGAAACUGCUUCUACAAAAGCCACCAUGCCUACUGUUGCAGAUGAGAAGAAGCAUCCCUUUACAAAUGAUUGUGAGGUCUCCCCAAAUGACCCAUCCCAACCUAAUGAGCCACAAUUAGUUAAAGCAGUGGAGAAAAUCCAUCUAGAUCAUAAAACGUGCAGUUUGGGAGGACCGGCUGAUGAAGAAGUUGUAGAUGUGGUGCAAACUGGUGUCUCUUCAGAUACAGAUUUGCAGCUGUGCAAUGGUGUCAAAGAGAGCUCAUCACCUGCCAAAUGUAGUGAUGGCACCAGCAGCAUCCGCAAGACUAGUGAGAGUGCAAAGAUCAGUGGGCGCUUGGAUUAUGUUGAGAGUGGAAAGAGCAGCAUGUGCAGGGGUAGUACUAGCACUGACGUCAGUGAUGAGAGCUCUUGUAGUAGCUUUACUAGCAGCUUGAGCAAGCCACACAAGGCAAAUGAUUCAAGAUGGGAAGCUAUCCAGUUAGUUCGGUCAAGAGAGGGGGUUGUGGGCUUGAACCAUUUCAGGCUACUGAAGAGGUUGGGAUGUGGCGAUAUUGGCAGUGUUUAUCUAUCCGAAUUGAGUGGAACCAAGAGCUAUUUUGCUAUGAAGGUUAUGGAUAAGGUUUCUUUGGCUAGCAGGAAGAAGCUGUUAAGGGCUCAGACAGAGAGGGAAAUCCUUCAGCUGCUUGACCAUCCAUUUCUUCCUACAUUGUAUACCCACUUUGAAACAGAGAAGUUCUCAUGCUUGGUGAUGGAGUUUUGCCCAGGGGGGGACCUGCACACUCUUCGCCAGCGGCAACGUGGAAAACAUUUUUCCGAACAAGCUGCAAAGUUUUAUGUUUCGGAAGUCCUCCUUGCUUUGGAGUAUCUACAUAUGCUUGGCAUUGUCUAUCGGGAUCUUAAACCGGAAAAUGUUCUUGUAAGGGAUGAUGGCCACAUCAUGCUUUCUGAUUUUGAUCUCUCUCUGCGCUGUGCUGUUAGCCCGACUCUUGUCAGGUCGUCCUCCAUGGAAGCAGACCCAUUUAGGAGGAACCCAGCAUAUUGUGUUCAGCCUUCAUGCAUUGAACCAUCAUGUAUCCAGCCUGCUUGUGUGCAACCAACAUGCUUCUCCCCUAGGUUCUUCAAGAGCCGGUCCAAGAAGGAUAGAAAACCUAAAACUGAGAUUGGGAAUCAGGUCAGUCCGCUUCCAGAGCUCAUAGCAGAGCCAACGAGUGCAAGGUCCAUGUCAUUUGUUGGGACACAUGAGUAUCUUGCCCCAGAGAUUAUAAAAGGUGAGGGACAUGGUAGUGCUGUUGAUUGGUGGACAUUUGGAAUUUUCCUUUAUGAACUUCUUUUUGGCAAGACACCAUUCAAAGGUAAUGGAAACAGGGCCACCCUGUUUAAUGUUGUUGGCCAGCCAUUGAAAUUUCCAGAUUAUCCAGUUGUCAGCUUUGCAGCGAGAGACCUUAUCAGGGGCCUACUUGUGAAAGAACCCCAGCACCGUUUGGCAUAUAAACGUGGAGCAACAGAGAUCAAGCAGCACCCAUUCUUUGAGGGGGUGAAUUGGGCACUAAUACGUUGUGCAAGCCCACCUGAAAUUCCAAAACCAGUAGAAAUAGAUCCCCUUCCAUUUGCAGCUGCUUCUACGAGUGAGAAGAAGGCUGUAGCGCAGCCUGUUCAUGAGAAAUCUUCUGGAAACUACCUGCAGUUCGAUUUCUUUUAGAUGUUCCUUUAUAGUGGCUAGUGAAGUGUUGUACUAUUGUCAGAAUCCUCAUUGUUCACGCUAAACUCGAAGGCUAUCUGAAUAUCUACCUGGAUUUUGAGAUAUAUCAUAUUCAAAUUGUUGAAAAGUUUUAGCUUUCUAGCCCAAAAUCUUGUUUCAUGUAAUUGUUUGUUCUACUUGCCUCUCUGUUUGGAACUAUGAUGAGAGUUCGGACCAUCUAUUUCUGUUGCUCUUGUAUUACAAAAAAUGGCAGUCUCCUGACAAGUUAGGGAAAUUUCAUUUGGUGGUUGUAAUGAUAGCAAAAGCACUUUAGCUUGUUUUUGGCUCUUCA